UCAGAACACAGAGGAAGAAGAGAAUAACGGUUGAAAAAUAAAAGAGUCCCGACUUUCAGUGAAGUUCGCGGCGGGUAUUUUCUUUUACCGUCUAUGGGAGGGCGCUUAUAGUUCGAUUGUUUGUGUCCGUGUUAUUGACGUUAGCAACCAGUCAGCGUUUCUCCGGUAAUGAAGCGCACGGUUGCUUCUGUAGGUUCUUUUAUAAAGACCCAUUCAGCCUUUGAGUUCAGGUGACAGCUACAGGAAUGACCACUUCACAGAAAUACCAGAACCCCAAACUCGCAGUAGGACGCUCUGACACAGAAUGGCUGACACCUGCUGUGUCCGAGAAGUUCCAGAGCCGUUUUGGAUGGCGGCCCAACACAGUGGACAGUGGGGACACGGGACUGGGUACCUCUGACUACACUGAAGAUAUCUGCAGCACUAGUAGCAGUCCCUCUUUCCAGCCCAUCCGCAGUCAGAUCCCCAUCCCCACUGCCCAUGUCAUGCCCUCCACAGCCGGAGCUCUGGCCUCCAAGCUCAAGCCACGUGCUUCUGAAGAGGCCCAGGCAUCCUCCAGCUCUUCCAGCUCCAAGUCAUCCCUCCCCAAAUCUGCAUCCUCCCCCAGCCUGGACGCUCAGCACGAUGGAAAUUUAGAUACAACUGCGGUCAAGCCUGACUGCUUGAGCCGAUACCGCAGCCUAGUUAAUGGCUUCGAUCACUCGCUCUUCCCCUCUGGAGAUCAGACGCAGCUGGAUGAAGCCCAGAAGUUUGAUGUACCUGCCAUGGAGCCAACGCUUAAUCAGUCGGCUCUGCUUGGGGGACUUUGCCAUGAUGUACGGCAGCAGCUGCAGAUGACCAGGCUUGUGGACAAUACAGGCUUGCUAGAACAGACCUAUAAAGUCCUACCAGAGGCUAGGGCAGGCCUCACCUGUGCCGUAGAACCAUAUGGCCAAAAGAACAUUCAUCCAGGGUCCAGUGUCUCUGCCAGGAUGUUUUCGGUACCUCAGGGCCUGCAGACUCAGGCUCUCCUGAGGGACCAGGCCAGCACAGGAGCAUAUGAUUCACUACUGCAGGAACGCUGUUGUGAACUGGCCAGCUGGCAGCAGCAGAAGCAGAAACUCGAGAGUCUGCGGCUACAGGUGGAACAAAUGCAGUUAAUGACCGGAGGAAAUGGACUAUAUUCAUCUCUCCAUCAAGCAACCUCUUACACUGAGAACAGCAAGUGGGAUGCUUUCAUUAAAGCCAAUGAAAACUUGCUAAAAGAGAAAGAACUUACCAUUGAAAGACAGAAGCAGCAAAUGUCGCUGCUGGAACAGCGUCUCAGAGAGAGUGAGCUACAGGUGCACAGUGCCCUCAUGGGACGUGGAGGCCCUUACACUGAUGUGUGUCUGUUAAGACUGCAGGAAGCCCAACGGGAAAAUGCUUUUUUGCGAGCCCAGUUCGCCGAGAGCAGUGACUGCUAUACCAAGGAGAAGCUAGAAGACGACCGCAGACUGGGUGCAGUAGAAGCAGAGACUCAACGUCUGAAUGGGGUCUUAAAAGAAAGCAGUGAAAAACAUGCAGAAGAGCUAAAGAAACAAGAGGAGAGGAUCCGAAGUCGAGACAAGCACAUUAACAGCUUGAAAAAGAAGUGUCAGAAAGAGUCGGAGCAGAACAGAGAAAAACAGCAGCGGAUUGAGACGCUCGAGCGAUAUCUUGCUGAUCUUCCCACCAUGGAAGACUACCAGGCCCAGCACAAAAAGCUGGAGGAAGCAGAAGAGAGGGCAGUCCAGUUGCAAGCCUCCAUCGGAGACCUGGAAGCCCAACUGGAGGAAGCCCACAGUGCUGUGCGCAACAAAGAAACCCAACUGGAAGAACAGAGACACAAGGAGAGAGAACUGCUUACAACAGUCACCAGUCUCCAGAACAGAGUACAGGAGAGCCUUGAGGACGGAGUGAGGUUGCCUUCUCUUGACAGAGAGAAGCUACAAGAAGAAAACACUACCUUGAAAGAUGAGCAUCUGCGGCUCAAAAAGGUCAUUGAAAAGCAACUCGGGAUAAUGGAGCAGCUUGGCUCACAGAUCAGGAGUCUGGAGGAGCAUCUCUCUCAGGAAGAGUGCAGUAGUCAGGCGCUUCGAGAGGAGGUGGCAGAGAAAGAGGAGAGUCUGCUGCAGUUACGCACUGCUAUGAAAGAGCUCUCAGUGCAGAACCAGGAACUGAUGGAACAUAAUCUGACACUUCAAGAGCGUCUUCAGGGUGAGGAUGUGCCAAGUGGUCCUGGUUUGCUCCCUGUGGGAGCCCGGCUCACCCAGAAGCUGUAUGGAGAGAUGGCCGCCUGUCUGUGUGACCUCCGCUCCCUCUGCAACAUCCUCACCCAGCGGGCUCAAGGUCAUGACCCAAACCUCUCAAUGCUGCUCGGCAUUGCCUCAGCUCCCCCUGCAGGAGAGCAGUGGCAGGACUGGCUGAGCCCCGAGGGGCUGCAGAAGAAGCUGCAGGAAGCUCAGCAGCUCCGUCGAGACGUCGAGGAACUGAGAACCAUAGUCUCUGACCGCUACGCUCAGGAUAUGGGAGAAAACUGCAUCACUCAGUGAGUUCAGACAGUACGGCUUGUGCUCACUGAGGGUAACUCCACAUCACGAGUGCCUUUAAACACACUACAAUCCACUACAAGCCUUCUUCUUGAACGAUCAGCAACACUAAGGACACUGUAAUCUCGCAAACCAGAAGGCUAUUUUUAUACACAAGGUUUCAUAAGAUUUUGCUGACUUUGUGUGCAGUGGAAAAAUAAUUAUUUAAUUUAAACCUUUCCAUGUAUUUGGGAACGUCUGUGAUUGAAGUUGACAAUCAACUGAAAAAAUUUAAAUCUUUUAACAUGCUGUGUUUUUUUUACAAUGGCAACAAAGCCUGUGAAGCAGGUGACACUCGGUUGUGUGUAAUAAGAAGACAUUAACUGCAAUCCAUCAUGUGGUCUUACAGUAAAUAGAACGUACCACAUUAAACACACAAUCUAAGGCCGAAGAAAAAUAUUUGGCCAUCUCUGGCUGUUUAAAAUUACACCAGCAGAUCAUAUGUGUAUAAAAUUGGAGAACAGACAUUCCAUAAUAGUAUAUAACAACCAAAGUUCAAUGUGAUCAAAGACAGACCUGUCAGAACAGUUUCCAUAAUGCUGUAAAGAGUCGUGGUGUACACAGUAUUAUGCAGACCAAUAAAUAGGGACAAUUUAAAGCAAGAGGGGGCUGUAAACAUAAAGUUAAAUUCUGGUUGUCUGUUAAAUAAUAUAAAAACAAGUUAAUAGAAUGCCAGUAGUUAGACCUCUUCCUGGUGAUACAUAUAAGAAUUCUGCAAACAUAUGUUCAUGUGACGUUUAAGUUUAGGAUCAAUUAAUUGCAGCUAUGUUAUAAGUAUCGUAUUAUCAAAGGUGUCUCAAGAAUCUCACAACAUUAAUAACUGUCUGGUUCAUAAUUAGUUUUAUCAGCUGUAAAAAUAGCCACACCCUUGAGUCAACACAUCAGAGGAAACCAACUGUUGAAGCAAAUAUUGUAUUCGUGCAUGUCAUCAUUAGAGCAGGUGCCUUGCGUUCAGGGAAGUGACCUGUAUUUGCUGCACAAGGAGUCAAUGUAAACACUAAAUGUCUUUCUCUACUGUAACGUGCGACUGCCAAGGUAUUGGGAUUCUAUUACAAAAAGGGACCAUAUAUUGUGGGGAAUCUUGUGAGGUAAAUUGUUAUAUUUUGGUCUAAAAACUUCACUAACAAGUGUGAAUGUAAUUUGAUGGUGCACCAUAAUGUUUUUUAUAUUGUAAGAUCUUUUUUCAGGUUUACCACAAAACCAUCCAGGCAAACCUUAUAUGGCAAAAAACUUUAUAUAAGUUAAACAACACUAAAUGUGACUAUAUUUAUAUGUUUGUCUUAAGCUGUUUCAGUUUUUUAGAAAUAAAGCUUUGUAUUUCAUAUGUAA